CUUUGCUUUUACCAGAUCAGCAUAAUUCUAUUUUGGGAAAUGGUAGAUCCAGCAGUACACAGGACAGCAGCUGACCGUUGUUUGUAUUAUACGUGUUUAUAGUGGUGUAAUAUUCCUUUUUAAAAAUGGACCUGCCUAGUGAAAAUGUUGAAACUACUGAGGACAUGCAACAUGAUAUGCCUUUGGCUGCCGACCCGACACGUUUUGUAUUAAAGGCAAAGAGAAGAGGUAAAAAACGAAUAAAAACUCCAGUCGCCAAAAAAGCACAAUCGGAGGUUGCUUCUUCACAAAAUGAAUCAAUGUGUAAUGAGGAUCCAAAAGCUAUUAGUUUGAACAGCCUAACAUUAUUAGAAGAUGAUCCUGCUAUAACAAAACUUUUAGAAAUGGCAGAAAGUUUGAAAAAUAUACCUGAUGGUGAGAACAACUGGAAAAAAUGUCUUCAAAGCUUAGCUAAUUUAACUGGAGAACUAGCUAGAAUGCUUCAAACUGAAAUAUUGCAAAGAAAACAAAAAGAUUUACAAAUUCAUAAAUUAAAAGAACAAAUUUCAAAGUUAAAUACAGAGUUAGAAACAAGCAAGCAAUGGCAAUAUACUAUAUAUUCUCAAAUGCAAAAGAUAACUGUGUAUAUGCAACAGCAAUUUCAGAAUCAGAAAAAUUAUUUUGACCUAACAUCAACUUUUGAAAAUAAUAAACAGCAUUCCGUCAACCAAGAAGUAAUUAAAAAUGAAGAAAAGAAGAAGAAGAACAAAAAGAAAAAGACAUCAAAAGCAUCAAAAGCAAUUAUGUAUGGUGAUGCUGUCCAAUCAAAAAAGUUAGCGGAACGUAAAAGAUUUGGUGAAACUAAAAGAGAGGUAACUGAAGUAGCAUCAGAUGACCAGGCUGAAACCGAAGUAAAUGUGAAUGCUGCUGAUUAUCCUAUUCAAACCACUGAUGAGCAAACCCCAGUAGAUAACACAGAGAAACUACAAGAAACCACAGAAAUGUCAGUCGAGGAGACACUUCGACAAGCCGCUGAGUCCACCCUUUCAACUUCUGGUUUUGUUUACGACGAGCAAUCUGGUUUGUAUUACGAUUGGAAUUCAAAAAUGUAUUAUGAUCCGUCAACAAAGUUAUAUUACGAUCAUGACAAUGGAAUAUACUAUACCUAUGACACCGAAAGAAAUAGUUACCUGUUUCAUUCACAGGUUAAUGUGCCACAAAACAGUAUGGACAUAGAGGAGACUGUUAAAACCAAAAGUGAGUUAAGUGAGGGAGAGUUAUGUUCUGAUGAAAGCGAUGUUGAUAGUACAGAAAUUGAGCCUUGUGUUCGAGCAAUUGUUGUAAAAUCAGAGUGUUUGGAUGUUGGAACUUUGUUUGUCGUCACAUGUAAAGGUGGGACAGUAGGGAGAGAACGCACAAAUUUGAUCCACAUACCAGAGGAGCCAGUCAGUAAAUCGCACGCCUACAUUUUAUACGACGAGAGGGAUAGGACGUUUUAUAUACAAGACCGAAAAACAGUAAAUGGAACGUUCAUCAAUAACGAACGUCUAGCGGACCCGCGGACUUCUUCCGAACCAGUUGAAAUAGCGCAUCGCGAUUUUAUAAAAGUCGGAGAAACCACUCUUUCUUUUCAUAUUCACAUCGGUAAUACUACUUGUCCUGAGUGUGAACCAGGUCAUAUACAAGCUAUAGUUGCUGAAAAUGCGAAAUCUACCGAGAUCAAAGACGAUUUAAAUGCAUUGCGCAAAAAGGAAAUGAAAUCUAUGAGAAAGAAAUAUGGUAUUUCACCAGGCUAUAUACCAAAAGGGUUAAUAGGAUCUAUUCCAGACCGCGCUGGAAGACGUCGUAAAGAAGUGGGGAGUGAAGCUUACGAUAACGUUGAAAAACCUGUGACGAAGGCUUCUGUAAAUAAAGAAAUACCAAAAGAAAACAUUGGACAUAAAAUGCUGGCAAAAAUGGGCUGGAAGUCUGGCGAAGGUUUGGGUAAAACAGGUGACGGAAUAACGCAACCAGUAACCGUAGAUAUUUUAAGCAAAAAUAAAGGACUGGGUGCGAGUGAAAAGAUUAGCAUGGAUCAAGCUGGUUCUGGAGAUAGAAGGAAACAGGAGAAAUGGGAAAAGGCUAGGGAAAGAUAUAACAAGUUAAAUUGAAACUUGUUUUUUCCUUCAGCUUUAAUUAAUAUUUAGAAAUAUAUUUUAAAAAAAUGCAA